AUGGCCGCCAUUCCCUCCUCCCUGACGAACUAUCCCCCCAGUCACACCUCGUCCCCCUCCAGGCAUCUCUCCCAGUACUCCGCCUCCUCAUCGGCCACGACAAUCGCACCUGAUCGUAGCGACCGCCCUUCCUCAGGCACACCGACCUCCAUAACCUCCACUUCCACACUGCGCUAUCCGUCCACCAGGAAGACCAUCUACGACCGCAACCUCAACCGCUCGCGCAAUGCCGAAUUGUCAAGAUCCAGCUUCGCGUAUCUGUUCAUGGAGAUGGUCUCUUAUGCGCACAAGAGAGUUAAGGGCAUCCAGGACUUUGAGAAAAGAUUGAACGAGCAGGGCUAUCCCCUGGGUGUCAAGUUGUUGGAUCUCCUGCUUUACAGGGCGACUCCAAUGGGCGGGUCCAGUACCAGUGGAGGAGGGAGCAGCGGGAGUGGUCGAGCGGAUUCCAAUCGACCAUUGAGGCUGUUGCCGCUGCUGAACCUGCUGACGACGAAGUUGUAUCCGUUGUUGUUCUCGCGGCCGGCGGAUAGUCUAGAGCAAAGCACGACGAACCCCGGAGAGUAUAUGAUCAUCGACAACACGCCGUUGACGAAUCAGUAUAUCUCGGUACCGAAGGAGAUGAAUCAACUGGCGGUUGCGGCGUACAUUGCCGGGAUCAUCGAGGGGGUUUGCGAUGCGGCGGGCUUCGCCUGUAAGGCCAGCGCGCAUAACACCAGCACGGACGUGUGGCCUAAUCGGACCGUGUUUCUCAUCAAAUUCGAGGAAUCUGUGCUCGAGAGGGAGAGGGAACUGGAAAGGCAGGGUGUCAAGUGA